AUAGAAAUAAAAAUCAAUUCCCAUUAAAAAAAAGAAUCAAAAUUAAUGUGAAGAAAACAUAGAGUGGCAGAGGGCAGAGGGGGUGAUAAAAAUGAAAUCCCGCCAGUUUUAGGGCACACUUUUUCCUCCGUCCCUAACACCCUUCACUCUCUGGGGAUUUUUUGGCUUUUUCGUUGGUAGAUCUCUGUGACUGUGUGUGAUUGCCCCUCUUUCUAUCUCUCUCAGGUUUUGGGAAAAUUAGCAAUUGAUUUUCCAUGGCUAACAAUCCAUCACAGUUGCUCCCCUCAGAGUUGAUUGAUCGGUGUAUAGGUUCAAAGAUAUGGGUGAUAAUGAAAGGUGACAAGGAGCUUGUUGGCACUCUUAGAGGCUUUGAUGUCUAUGUUAACAUGGUCCUUGAAGAUGUUACUGAAUAUGAGAUAACCGCUGAAGGGAGACGGAUAACAAAGCUUGAUCAGAUUUUACUUAAUGGAAACAACAUUGCCAUUUUGGUCCCUGGUGGUUCACCCGAUCCAGAAUGAAUACUGCUACUUAGUUCCCUCUUUUGGUAAUUGUUUUGAACUAUAGUGUUCUAUGCAUCAAAGUCCUCUAUUUUAACGAGGCUUCUAAUUCCAACCUAGAUUUUUGCUCGUCUUUUUGUGUUUAGAUACGUGUUUGUAGUGUAAUGGCUGUUCAACUUCGAUCAUCAUGGUGAAUUAUGGAUUGUCUGAUGUGACAAGUAAUGCAACUGAUUACAAGAGUUAAUUCUGUGCCUUCGUAUUCGUCUUUAUAUACCUACCGAUGUUGCUUUUUUAUGUUGCUAUUGAGUGUUUAAAGGUGAAUGGUGAACUUAUUGUCUAGAUAAAAGUCUUUUUAAGUAUUACUCAUAACGAUUUUGGUCUGUCAGUUGAACUGUAACAUCAGUGGUGGUUACCAUAUCUUUCUUUUUCUCCUUAUGUAAAGCUGUGGAUUAGCGUUUAGAAAGAGGGCAUGUUUUUUGGAGAAACAAAUUUCUCAACAUGUUAAUUAGGAGGAAUUUGAACGGGCAUAAGAACUCCACAAUUUGUAACUUAUAUUUUUUGGUUUCGUCAAGUAUAAUUUCACACGUUAUCCACUUAAAUUGUGAACUUGCAACAACAAACGGAAAAAAAAAAUUCGUGUA